AUGGGCCCGUCGCUGGCCCAAUUCACUCGUAUAGACAUUAUGGGCUCGGUAUUUGAAACCACCAAGAGAUAUGACCGGGUGGAACCUGUUGGAAUGGGCAUAUCUGGUCUCGUCUGCUAUCUUGUGACAUAUCUUACGGCAACGGACCUGCACACUCUGCUGAAGACCAAAAAGGUCGAGGACCAAUUUACUCAAAUUUUCGUUCAUCAGAUCAUACGCGGACUCAAAUACGUACAUUCAGCGGGGAUCGUACACCGCGAUCUUAAACCGAGAAAUAUCUUGGUCAACGAGAACUGCGAUUUAAAAAUCUGCGACUUUGGCCUAGAACGCACCCAGGACUCUCGUAUGACCGGCUAUAUCUCGACUAGAUACUACAGGGCUCCGGGGAUUAUGCUUACCUGGAAGCGCUAUAACGAGAAAGUCGAUAUCUGGAGCGCAGGUUGCAUUUUCGCCGAGAUGAUCAUGGGCCGACCACUCUUCCCGACAAAAGAUCAUAUUGAUCAGUACUGUGUGAUCACACAGUUACUUAGAAGCCCGCCAGAAGACGUGAUUGCAAAUGUGAGCAGUCAAAGCCACAAAAACCUCUUCACAAAAGUUGUUCCUAACGCUAACGAGAACGCUGUUCCCUUACUGGAGAGAAUGCUUCAGACUGAUCUAGAGAAGCGCUGCUCUACAGAAGAGGCUCUCCAGGCGCAAUACCUUGCACCUUACCACGACCCGGACGACGAACCUACAGCGGCGGAGGACUUUAAUUAG